AUGCAAACCCUAUAAGUAUAGCCCCUGAAUGCUCGCUCCUCCCUCCAUACUCAACCAACUCUCACAUCUUCUCUUCUUUUCUCUCACCCACGCCACACCACACACACAUAACAACUUCUUUUUUAAUCGAUCCGCCGCCGGAAUCUAUCAUUCUCCGGCAAUCAUGGACGUCCGUCGGCGGUCGAUUAAACCUGUCCACCAAUUCCCAUCUUCCUCACCACCACCAUCCAUUCUCAAACCCAAACAUGCUGCGGCCAAGUCGACCAAGUUCAUUGAUUCCCCAAAAGCAUCUGAUGCUCUCCCUCUCCCUCUCUACCUCACAAAUGGCAUUUUCUUGACCCUCUUCUUCUCCGUCGUCUAUUACCUUCUCAUCCGAUGGCGCGAGAAGAUCCGCAACUCUACUCCUCUCCACAUCGUCACUCUCUCCGAGAUCGCCGCCAUCGUCGCCUUUGUCGCCUCUUUCAUUUACCUCCUCGGCUUCUUCGGCAUCGGCUUCGUCCAGUCUGCUGGUGGUCGCUCUUCCGAUGACGAAGAGGAGGAAGAAGAUGUCGACCAAGUUAUCCUCAAAGAGGACACUCGCCCACUCCCCUGCGCUGCCGCCGCCCCCGAUUGCCCAAUACCUCCUAUCGCUCCUCUCAAACCCAAAGUCGCCGUCGUCAAUGAUUCCUCCGUACCCAUUUCAUCAGAAGAGGACGAGGAGAUCAUCAAAUCGGUGGUUGCCGGCACCAUUCCCUCCUAUACCCUCGAAUCCAAGCUCGGCGAUUGCCACCGGGCAGCUGCAAUCCGCCGCGAGGCACUCCAGAGGAUGACCGGGAAGUCUCUGGAGGGACUGCCUUUGAAUCACUUCGAUUACGACUCCAUUUUGGGACAGUGUUGCGAGAUGCCGGUUGGUUACAUUCAGAUUCCGGUGGGUAUCGCCGGACCACUCUUGCUUGACGGUAGGGAGUAUUCAGUUCCGAUGGCGACCACGGAGGGGUGUUUGGUUGCGAGUACCAACAGGGGUUGCAAAGCAAUUUACGCGUCUGGUGGAGCAACCAGCGUGUUGCUGAGAGAUGGGAUGACAAGAGCCCCCGUCGUGAGGUUCGGCACCGCCAAGAGAGCCGCCGAGCUCAAGUUUUUCUUGGAAGACCCCAUCAAUUUCGAAACUUUGAGCGUUGUUUUCAACAGGUCUAGCAGAUUUGGUCGGCUGCAGAGCAUCAAAUGCGCCAUUGCUGGGAAGAAUCUGUACAUGAGGUUUACUUGCAGCACAGGGGAUGCCAUGGGGAUGAACAUGGUCUCCAAAGGUGUACAGAAUGUGAUGGAUUUCCUCCAGACUUCCUUCCCUGACAUGGAUGUUAUCGGCAUCUCUAGUAACUACUGUUCAGACAAGAAGCCUGCUGCAGUUAAUUGGAUUGAAGGGCGUGGCAAGUCUGUUGUGUGCGAGGUUAUCAUCAAGGAGGAAGUGGUGAAGAAGGUUCUCAAGACCAACGUUGCUUCGUUGGUAGAGCUUAAUAUGCUCAAAAACCUUACUGGGUCAGCCAUGGCUGGAGCUCUUGGUGGCUUCAAUGCCCAUGCCAGUAAUAUUGUUUCUGCAGUCUACAUAGCCACUGGUCAAGACCCGGCACAGAAUGUUGAGAGUUCACACUGUAUUACCAUGAUGGAAGCUGUCAAUGAUGGAAAGGACCUUCACAUCUCUGUCACAAUGCCUUCUAUUGAGGUUGGUACUGUUGGAGGUGGUACCCAACUAGCAUCUCAGUCUGCAUGCCUGAACCUUCUUGGAGUGAAGGGUGCAAACAAAGAAUUACCAGGAUCGAACGCAAGGCUGUUGGCCAGCAUUGUAGCUGGUUCUGUUCUCGCCGGAGAGCUCUCGCUCAUGUCUGCUAUUGCAGCCGGACAGCUUGUCAAGAGCCACAUGAAGUACAAUAGAUCAAGCAAAGAUGUUACCAAAGCUUGAGCUUGAAGACCCAGCCAGCCAGCCAGUCCUCCUCCUCAAUAAUAGUGUCAGAGCGCUCAACAAAACGGUGUAAUAUUAAUAAUGUCAAUCAAGAACAGGAAGAUAUAUGUAUAGUAUAGUUGAGGUGUCAACUAAACUAAUUAUGGAGAGACAAGAUUGUCAGCAAAAAUGUAAUGGUUGCAUUUGUAUUCUUUACUUAUUUUAUCAAUGUAUCAAUCAUAAUUGUGUAUAUUUUUCUUUUUUCUUUUUCUUUUUCUUGAAAGGGUAGCGUCCAGCUCAUAUCUUGUAUCAUUUACUUAUAUAAUCAAUGAAGAUAUCUUUAAGUGAUUACAAAGUUCAAAA